AUGAAUAAUCCUUCACACUCAAUGGGAGUUGGGCAACCACACCAUCCAACUAAUCACACAAGACCAUUUUUCUAUGUUCAACCACCAACUCAACCUUAUUAUAAUAUGUACCAAUGGAAUAUGAACCCAUAUGGCCAGUAUGGUCUUCCCCCAUCAGUUAUUCCUUAUGUGCGUCCAUAUAUGGCUCCAUAUCCAUAUACUGGUAUGCAGUAUCCUGGCUAUGUGGUUCCCCAGGCUCCGAUGCAGCCUGUUGAUUACAGUAGGGUGUUUAACCCCCACAUCUCCUCUGCGACCUACGACGUACAGUACCGCCACCACUACCAGCAACAGGCCUGUGUAUUGCGAGAGACCGCAUGUUCAGAGGUUCAAACCGAUCCGAGCGACACUGUCCACAACCUGAUCGACAGUCUGGACAGGCUCAGAACCAAUGAGAAGCCACCUGAAGAAAGUGAGCUAAACCCUAAAUCUGACCUAGGGUCCCUAACCUCUGAGACAACCAUCUCUUCCUCUGGAAAUGUGGAAGAAGAAUUCAGUGGGACGCGUAGGGAGCUGGAGUUGAGACCUCUGCCACAGAGACAACCCCAGCAGGGUAAGAGGAGGCAGAGGGACUCCUCUCUGCCCAGCAGCGUAUUCAGUGACUCCACUAUUACAGCACUGGUCUAUGAUGCAGAAUCCAGCCAGAGCUGCCUGGAGAUGGCCAAGCAGGAUUGCUGGUCCCUGGGCUCUGGGGUGCUGCCCAUUGACAGCUCUUCUGUCCAUGAGGAGAGUCUGGAGGAGUCUAGGCAGCAAUGCCACUCUGAGAAGCUCCACCUGAACACUGAAGAACCUGGGAUAGAGUGGCAGUCCAGAGAACAGCCUAAUCCUCCAGAGGAUGUAAAACGUGACUCUGGGGCCUUGACACAGAGCCUUGAACUGAAUGGGGCUUCACAUGACCACCACUCACUUGACUGUCUGGCUCCAGAACAAGAUUGUGACAAGGUUCUGAUUCCAUCUGCCUCUGCGCUGAAGGACCCUGUAGAUAAUCUAGCCUCCAAGGCAGAGUCCUCUGACUUGCCUUACAGAAUCCUCAGGCUGCCCUGUGAUCAGGUUACAGGCAUGCUGCUGGACGAUCCACUGUGGUAUGUUGACUCCGCUGCGUCCAGUCUGGUGCCUCCACCGCAAAGCCAUCUGUCCCCGCUUGGGAGUGCCUACUACUGUAGCUACUACCCGCAAGUGGCCCAGGAGCGCCAGAGUGUCCUCAGCCCAUCCAUAGACGAGCUCUCCUCCAGAGACGAGCUCUUCUCCACUGAUAUCGAAGAUGUGGACCUUAUCUCUGGUGGUCAUGUGUAUGUGGGAGGCGGCAAGCUAGCCGAGGCAACCUGCGAAACACCUGACCUAUCUGGUAAGGAAAACGUACCAACUCAAUCCAACCCAGUAGAAGGGUUUGCAGAAUGUUCUAAGACCUGUCUCAGCUGUGGCCUGAGCCUGGCGGAAGAGUCGAGGCCAGGCGACUCACAAGGGCCAUGCCGUUAUGUUGAGCGGGAGGAAACAGAUGAAGAUGUGCUAGAGGAAGAUGACUACAAUGAGCGAGGGGAGCUGUUGCGCGCCUGUCAGGUGCCUGUGAAGAAACCACAUCACCCUAACAGAGUGCCUCAGCCCUCUGCUUGCCAGUUUCCUAACAGUAAACCAAAGAGGGGCUGCUGUGAGGACCACCAUGAAGUCAUGUGUCAUGAAGAGCAGGCGCACGGUUACCUCUGGAGUUUUGACUGCUGUGAGGACCACAAAGCUACUGUCAAAGCUGACAAGUAUAAAGGGAAAGGAGGACAAAGAAAUGCCCCAUGCAGGCCUUAUAAUGAGAAACCUUGGAGAGAAGGCACUGUGGCAUCAGACCACGAUAGCUGGGGGAGUUCUGGUGCCAAAUAUAAGCCAAAGUCUUGGAGACCGUACAAUGGGUCACAAGAACAAAUGAGACCCCCACGCAGAAGGCCAUUUGUUCAGCAGAGGCCCCGAAGGACUGACUAUGACGAUCAUGAAGAAUCAGAGUUCUCUCGCUGCCAGAGGGGCAGAGGGACCACAAAGAGAAGGGGCACAAGAUAUUAG